AUGAAGACAAAGGAAGUAGUGGUCAUUGGAGCUGGUGUCGUCGGCCUGACUACGGCGAUCACAAUCCAGGAGAAAGGAGGCUACAACGUGACGAUCAUCGCUGAAACAUGGCCCAGCGACUCAAAGACGGUGAAAUAUACGAGUUUCUGGGCGGGAGCAUCUCAAGGCGUAUACAGAGGCCCCGAUCAGAAUCUGAGAAAGGUUCGGCAGGACACCUUCAAGGUGAUGUGGGAGCUGUCCGCACCUGGAGGUCCAGCGGAAGCUUGUUUCCAUCGCACGACGGAAUACGCCUUCUACCACGAUGGCUUAGGCCAAUAUGCAGACGAUAUGCCAAACCUCGAGCGCAUUCCGGAGUCCGACCUCCGCCUGGGGGCCAAGGCUGGCUACAGCUUCAGCUCCUACGUGAUCGACCCGCCUGUGUACCUCAACUAUCUGCUAUCCCGCUUCAUUGCGCGUGGUGGGCAUAUCGUUCGAGGGACGGUGCAGCACAUCAGCCAGGUCAUCGAGGGCGGUGUUGGGAUAUGGGUGAACGGUAAGCCGUCGGCUGCCCCGGAUGCACUCGUCGUAUGCAGCGGUCUCGGUGCGAAGACACUUGGCGGAGUGGAGGACGCGGAGGUGUAUCCGAACAGAGGCCAGAACGUCAUCAUUCAUGCGCCGUGGGUCAGAGACGCGAUGAGUCUCAGCUCGCCUGAACCGACGAUUGAUACGUACAUCUUCCCCCGACGAAACGGUGAUGUCGUACUAGGCACCGUGCGAGUGCCGAAUGACUGGUACCCAGUGAGUCGCCCGGAGACGACGACACAGAUCCUCGAGCGCUGCCUGGCCUUGUGCCCCGAGCUCGCCCCUUUAGAGAUCAGAGCGCAGCGGACACCUACCGUUGACGAUCUUCGCCCUCUCAUUGUGGAAGUGACGUGUGGCUUACGGCCCAUGCGUAUCGGUGGCAUCCGGAUGGAGGUGAACCAGAUUGAUGGACGAGAGAGCGGAAGCACGAUCCCUAUGCUCCUGAACUACGGGUAUGGCCCAAGUGGCUAUGAGCCUAGUUGGGGGAGCGCGCAUGCGGCACUGGGGAUGUUGGAACACGCGUUGGCUAGCGUUGCAUGA